AUGGCCAGCAACACCUGCAACACAACAUCAAAUAGCACCUAUGAAAGGACACGUUCAGCCAUUCUUACAUCAGAUUGUACUACACUGUUGGUGAUGCUCAUCUCUGAAUGUCUGGCAAUAGUCAUCUUAAAUCUCAUCACUAUUAUUGUAUUCACGAAGAGGCGCCAUUUACAUCGCCGGAGUAAAUUCUUAGUCAUCAAUCUGGCCAUAGUCGAUUUCUUAGUUGGAUUAGUCUCUGUUCCUGCUUUGGCCAUGAUUCGAGUUUGGUACUUCUGUUAUGCAAGGGACCACAAUGACGCUCAAACGAGAGAAUAUAAGAUUAUGGUUUUAGUCAUUCUGAGGGAUCUUUUUCCUCUCACCUCCCUUGUUAAUCUUGCAGCUAUUUCGUUGGAACGAUUACAUGCUACCUUUUUCCCAUUCAAACAUCGUUUUACUAAGAAAUGGGUGUAUGGAGUUAUAAUUUCCAGUACCUGGUUAGUGGCUCCAUUCUGUGAAACAUCUCUUUCUGUUUUACAUUUUUAUCUUAAACGGGAUACCAGCAUAAGUCUCAUGGUCUCACUUAUUUGGUAUGUAUUUUUUCUCUCCAUCAUCUGUUUUUCUUACAUAUCGUUAUUUAUCAAGGUUCGAUAUGGUCACAAUCCCCAGCACCAUGGUGCAACCAAUAGAGAUAGAAAAUUAACCAUCACUUUAAUUUGGGUUACAUUUGCCUCGCUUCUGUCUUGGUUGCCAUUUUUUGUUGUAACAACCCUGAGGUAUUUCAACAAAGAUAUCUCAAAUACGCUUUCCAACCGGUCAUAUUUCUAUUUUACCUCAGCAAUGUAUAUGUCAGUCGGGGUAAAUUCCUUAGCAAAUCCACUCGUGUACGCCGUAAGGAUGCCGGAAUUCAGGGCCGGUCUAGUAAAGAUAUUUCGCAAAACUUAA